AUAUUGUGAAAGGGUGGAUUGCAAAAAUACUCUGUACUAAGAAACAACACAAAAUGUUAUUAAGGAUGGUUUUCAAAAUGAAGAAGAGAUAUUGUAAUUGUAAUUGGUUCCAACUCAUGCUCUUAACUUUACUUUUGGCAUUUUUUUCUUUGUUGAUAAUAUUUAGGUACAUGCUAUUGUACGACUCGCAUUCAUUAACUAUGAAUAGUAUGAAUCUUCGGGCACAUCAACACCAUAAACAUGACGGUCAUGUUCAUAAACAUUUUUUGGCUUUGCCAAGUUUGUCGAACUCCAACUUGGAGCCUUCCCAGUCUCAGGAGAAACUUUUCGAACACAAAAACCAAGAGGAUCAUUAUCACAGUGGCCAGCAUCAGCAUUUUAUUCAACAACUUCAUCAAAAGCACCAAGAAAUAUUUUCAAAAUAUGCUUCCUUUAGGCCUCAAACUUUGAAUCAAAGAAACAAGGAAAACAAUUACAAUUUAGGCUUAGGCAAUUUCUCCACCAACAAUCACUUGAAACAGAAAAUCAAAACACAUGAGGGUGACAAUGGUGUCGUCAAUAUUCUGCUUCUCUUUGAUAGUGCUGACAAAAACACACAACUACAAAGUAGUUUCUUAUUGUGUGUCUCUUCAUUGCUUGCAUCAUCCUCAAAACCCAUUCAAUUUUACAUUGCUGGGGAUUCUAACAGUUUUAAAAUAGCAAAACGUUUGUUACAAAAGGCUAGCAGUGAUUCAGGAUUUAUCUAUCCGCUUCAGGUAAGUAAAAUGUAUAAGUCAUAUAUCAGAUAUCAUUUAUAUUUAGAAAAAAAAAAUAUAGUAUUGAAAAAGUAUAGUAUAAGUAUUGACAACUUUGUUUAGAAUUAGAUAAUGAUUAAUAAUAAUUAAUAAUGUGACUAAAAAAGCAGUAAUUUUUUUUUAAUGUAAAUGAUUUGGGAAAGCCAUUAAAUUUUUUUCCUUGGAUAAUAAUUUAAAAAAAAAAAAACGCCACAAAUAAAUUUGAUCAAAUCUGAAAAUGGGCAAAUAUAUUUUGCCAUUAUUAUUAUUUAAAUUAGUUUAAGUUUUUAAAAAAAUGGCAUUUGUUUGGAAUAUUUAAAGAAGUUAUAAGCCUAUUUGCUGCUUCUCUUGAAUACAUUUAAAAAAAAUCUAAACGAAGAAGUUAACGAAUUAAUAAAUAAUUAGCAUUAGUGUAAUGCAAAAAAAUAUCAUAAAUAUUGUCAUAUGUUCUUUUUUUUUAUUCUUAGAUAAUCCAUUAUGAGAAAACAAGCAUGGAGAACAGUGUUUCUCUUAAAAUAAAGACCAUUCAUGAGUUACUUAGUGGUGCCAAGAAUACCAAGUUCAGCGAUCCUUUAUUUUAUAUUUCCAUUGUUUUACACGAAAUCAUGCCUAAAUCUGUGUCAAAGAUGAUACUCUUGGAUGCUGACUUGUAUAUCACCUCCGACAUCUCAAAAUUAUAUUCUUUAUUUGAUCAUUUUCAACCAGAGCAGGCUGUAGGUAUGGCAAGGGAUAAUCAGCCAGUGUACAGAAAUUUGCUUUGGGAGUUUAGGAAAAAGAAUCCAAGAACCAGAGUGGGUGAUCCGCCACCUGAUGGUUUAACAGGAUUCAAUAGUGGCGUGGUCCUCUUAGAUUUAGACAAGCUGAGAAAUUCCUCUAGGUAUAAUUCAUAUUUUACUGUAAAUGUCUUGUUGUCAAUUGUGAAUAAGUACCAGUUUGAAGGUCACCUUGGUGAUCAAGACUUUUUUACUCUGCUUUCAUUUGAAUAUGAGGAAUUAUUUUACAUACUUCCAUGUGGCUGGAAUAGACAGUUAUGCACUUGGUGGCGACGAGAUGACUUGAUUAAAAUUUUUGAUGCUUAUUUUAAAUGUAUUGAGCCUGUUCACAUAUGGCAUGGAAACUGC